AUGUUCAGCAUCAGGGUAUUCCUACAAAAAAUCCUGAUUCUUCUGCACGUUACCGCAUGCGUCGUCGUUGGCAAAACACUGAUGAUACUGUUCCCCGAUGCCAUGAAAAGAUACAUCCUAAAACAGGGCGAAAAGAGCAGAAUGAAUAAGAAUCCAAAGUUCAGCUACGAAAACUGGGGUCCGACUUUUUUCAGCUUCAAGUAUUUGCUCUUUGUGCUGAAGGUGAAGUGGAAGAGGCUGGAGGACGAAGCCUAUGAGGGACAUCCCGCUCCCAACACGCCAGUGGUGACUUUCAACGGGGAAGUUCGUCACGUCUUUGAUUUCAUGCGAGAUAACCGACCUUUAAUCCUGAAUUUUGGAAGUUGCACCUGACCUUCAUUUAUGUUAAAAUUUGAUGAGUUCAACAAGCUCAUCAAAGAUUUCAGCUCUAUAGCAGAUUUCCUUAUCAUCUACAUCGAAGAAGCUCACGCAGUAGAUGGAUGGGCUUUUAAAAACAAUAUUGUUAUUAAAAAUCACAGAAGCCUUGAAGAUCGAAAAAUUGCAGCACAAUUUCUUCAGAAAAAUAAUCCUUUAUGCCCAGUGGUUUUAGACACUAUGGAAAACCUGAGCAGUUCAAAAUACGCUGCAUUGCCAGAACGACUGUAUCUACUCGAAGGAGGGAAGGUCAUCUACAAGGGAGGAGUGGGGCCUUGGAAUUAUCACCCCCAGGAAAUACGCACCAUCCUGGAAAAAUUGAAAUAG